AGAUUAUAAACAUAGAGAGAGAAAGAGGUGAUCAAUAAUGGAGGAAGCAAAACAUACAACCGCCGCCGCCGCCGUCGCCGGCAACAACGACAUUAAGAACAGCAAUAAGGAGAAGAAAGAAGAAAGGUACAUGGGUAUUGCAAUAAUCCAUAGUCAAGUGAGAAAGAUUAAACAAGAAAUUGAAGAGAUUGAUUCUUAUCAACAGCCGCCGGAGAUUAGCCGGAGGAUCAACCCUCGCCGGAGACAACAACGGUCUCGAUCACCUUUAGGACUCACAGCCAGACCUAUUAUUACAGUCGGUAACAUGUAGUAGUAGUAGUAACUAAUUCAUAAGAAAGAGAUGAGUUCAUCAAUGGAAUCUCCAUCUUUAUUUACCUUCUUCUUCUUUGUAACUUUACAGACAUGUUUAUGCAUAACAUGAUGAACUUCUCUU